CUCUUCCCUUUAGCGUCACCACCCCCUCACCCUACCCACCCGCAACACUUUCUUUAAGAGCCUCCCUGAAAAGAAGGCUAUAAUUUAAACAAUUAUAAGCUUUGCUUUUUUUGAUUGCAUACAGGAAAUUUACAGCACGGUUUAAUUUGAAGGGCCUAAUGGAGAUGGAGAAUGGUGAUAACAAGUAUAAAAUGGGAAAUUAUGAAGUAAUUAAGCAAAUUGGGAGAGGUGCUUUUGGAGCAACAUUUCUUGUUCUUCACAAAACUGAGAAUAAAAAGUACGUUUUAAAGAAGAUUAGUUUGGCUAAGCAAACAGAGAAAUUCAAGCGAAUCGCUCACCAAGAGAUGAAUUUAAUUGCAAAACUACACCAUCCAUAUAUUGUCGAAUACAACGAUGCUUGGGUCGAAAAGGGAUGCUGUAUAUGCACUGUAACAAGUUAUUGUGAAGGCGGAGACAUGGCUGAGAUCUCAAGGAAAAGUAGAGGAGCACUUUUUCCAGAGGAGAAUCUUUGCAAGUGGUUAACUCAGUUGUUAUUAGCUGUGGACUACCUGCAUUCCAACCGAGUCCUUCAUAGAGAUUUGAAGUUGUCUAAUAUAUUCAUCACAAAGGACAAUGACAUCCGUCUUGGUGAUUUUGGAUUGGCAAAACUUCUCAACGAGGAAGGCCUUGCCUCGUCGGUCAUUGGAACUUCCAACUACAUGUGCCCGGAGCUUCUUGCAGAUAUGCCGUAUGGCUACAAAUCGGACAUAUGGUCACUUGGCUGCUGUUUGUUCGAGAUUGCUGCACACCAACCACCUUUUAGAGCUCCAGAUAUGGCUGGACUUGUAAACAAGAUAAACAGAUCUUCCAUUUCUCCACUUCCUAUUGUGUACUCCUCCACUCUGAAACAGAUCAUUAAAAGCAUGCUACGGAAAAGUCCGGAACGCAGGCCAACAGCUGCGGAGCUGUUAAGGCACGCGCAUUUGCAGCCAUUUCUCCUUCGGUGUCACAGCCCAUCUACUGUCUUUCUUCCUGUGAAAUCUCCUAACAACUCGAAGGAGAAAAUUAGAAGACCUUCUCCUAGCAAAUCUGGCGGUGGAAAAGAUGACAAAGAAAGAGAGGUAAAACUAACAGAGAGGGGACUGCUUCCAGCUUAUGAGGAAACUGCUGAUAUGCAACGUCAAAGGCUACUGGAAGGGGAUAACUCAAUAGGAGAUGGACUUGAAACGAAGAGGGUCGAUCCCACGAGCUACUCAGGUAAAAUAUCUUCUGACAGUGAAGACUCGAAAAGUGAGAAAACAAGUUGUAAGACGACUGCUUGCAAUGGAGACAAUCAGGACAACAUUGAAUCUUCAUCACAAAAAGAAUGCACCAACACUAUGGAUGUUUUGACAUUUCCAUCGAGUGCAGAGCUAAAAGAAGAAGAAUUAUCUCCUCAAAAGCACGUUCCACAACCGGAGGCUCCACCCGAUCCCGGGGAAAAUGAGGAAACAGAAACAAACAUGGAGGAUUUUGUUACAGUGAAAAGCAGUAAAACUGCAAGAUGUGAAGCUGAUGCAGAACCAAGGAACUAUUUGAACGAAGAAGAAAGCACUGGUGAUUGUUCAGGAGUGCGUUUAGAUAACACGUUGAUUGAAAGCACGAACGAGGUGAAAGUUAUGGCAGAUACCAAAAGUGACCUGGUGCAAAUCCAGGAAGAUGACAUGCAAGUGAUAAAUCAUGCAUCUAGUGAAGAAGAAUUAUUGUUAAGUGCAUUAGUCGGAAUUGCCUCUGAAAGCAAGGGUGAGUGGGAAAACCCGAGCCAACAGAGAGCUGAUGCUUUAGAGUCUUUGCUGGAAGUAUGUGCACGUUUACUUAAGCAGGACAAGCUCGAUGAACUUGCGGGCGUGUUGAAACCGUUCAGUGAAGAUGCUGUCUCAUCAAGAGAGACAGCAAUCUGGUUGACAAAAAGCCUGAUUACUGCAAGAAAAUUGUCUAAGGGAUCCUAGUUCUCGAGAAUUGGGAUAUGAUCUGUGAUUUCAUUAUUAAUAAGUUAUUGUAAAAAGUGGUUUUCUGUGAGAUGUUUGAUUUAUAAUCUAUGUUUCAUGUUUUCCAGAUUUUUUUUUUUCAAUUCAUUUGCUGAAGGCAGCUUGUAUUCUGUAUUGAAUUCUUUGCAUAGGAAGAAUUAUUGGAAGUUUGAUGGAAUUUCAACAGAUGACAUCAAGAAAAAUAUCAGUAUUGAACAUCCAUA